UAAAAAAAAGAGAUUAUAAAGAUUUAAAUGGGCCAUUUAAAGAUGGUUUAAAGCCCAAUACAUACGUAAGUAAUACUGUCGUCACAGAUGCAUUAUACGUAUACUUUAAUUUCUAUCGAUCUUAUCUGGUUUCACUCACUCGGAUACUCACAAUCACAAAACCAUGAGAUCAUCAGAUAACCUCUGGACCAGAAAACCAGAAGCCAAAACCGGCAAAUCUGAGUUUCCGGUUAUCAGAUUCAUCCGUAGAUACAUGGAGAACAUCAAGGACAAAGCCGGAGGUCCUGGAGUCGGCGGCGGAAUAGGCUGCGGCGCUGGACUCGGCUUCGGACUCGCCGGAGGGCUCGGGUUAGUCACUUCUGAAGGUAUUAACCAUUCCAAUGUGGUUUUUGGAAUCGGUGUGGGUUGCGGUAUUGGGGUUGGGUUUGGGUACGGGUUUGGAGUUGGUGGCGGGUUCAAUUUCGUUGACAUUGGAGAUAAAUUGACCUAUGGGAAGGAAUAGCUCUGGUUAAGAUUCCGUGUCGGGUACAGAUUCGUAAUGUAAUAUUAUUGUAACAAUCCGAACAUUACUCUGCCUUUUUUGUCUUAAUGAGUUCUUCUUACUUGCUUGAA